AGUUGGAACCUUUCAAUGCAACACAAGCCCCUAGACAAAAAAUAGAAUCAAAGACCUUGUUGGAACCUUGUAACGCUCCCUAAGAAGUUGAUCCAAACCAACCAGCCAAAAAGAUGAAGGGGUUUUCUUCUUCAUGUCUUGCUAACACACGCAUGUUCUGUUCUUCUAUUCCUUUGAGCUUCUCCAACCACAACAGCCUUGCCAUUUCAUCUGCUUUCCCAAGGAGCGUUGCCAAUUCAAAUACAAGAUUGUUUAUCCGCCACUCACAGCCAAACCACGCCUCAUGUUUGGUGGCGCGGUGUGCGAGUUCGAGGUUGGUUACAGAAUUGGAGAGAGAUCUGAAACUGGAAGAAGAAGGAGGAGGAGGAGAGGCAACUGGAAUAGCGAGGUACAAGCACAAAUGCGGGGAAGGGAAGGGGGCGGUGGAGCUUUUGGAGUGUCUGGAAAGAGAGGCAAUUAUGGGUGCUGAUAUUGGGAAAGAGCCUACAGAUUACAACCGAAGGGCUCAGAUAUUUGAUAGGAGCUCUGCAGUGUUUCAAGCUCUCAGGGAACUGGAUCCUGCUAGUAGUGAUGAUGUUCUUUCUCCACCAUAGAUAGCGUUGGAUUAACUUUCGUUUUGAUUCUGCAUUUCUUGUUGACAUAAGAAAAUAGUAAGUCAGGGUUUUGUGCUACAUUUGCCAUGUACACAUACAUACCACAAUAAUACCAGCAGAAUUUACCCUUUUAAUUCAUUUUUCUGGACUCUUUCGACCUAUCCAUCUGAUUGCACUGUGUUAUUAUAUCUUUCAUAUAGCACUGCUCUUCUAAUUCAUUCAUCUAAAAUUGAAGGGAAAUAAAAAGCUAACAAUUAGAUAAAAUGGGAAAAAAUCCAUUCAUCAUACCCAAUUACCCACCAUUCCAUCUUAUUUCAAAACA